AUGUUUGAACGUUUUUCACUUUAUAAAAUUGAUAAUAUUCAUCAAAUACCAUUUGAUUCAAAAUUAUAUUCAAAAUAUAAGUAUGGUGAUCAUAUUCAAGCUAAAAAAUUUGGUGAUCAAUUGGCUCAUGCAUUCAUUAAUCAGUUUCAUUCAUUUAUAUUAAAGGGAGAACAACAAUUUAUUUGUAUAUCAUCACCUUUCGGUUGUGUACCACCAGCAGCAUUCUUCAUAUUUAAAACAUUUUGUGAAAUACUUAAUGAUUUUUUAGUAGAAAAUGGAAGAGAACAAAUAGAAGAACGAAAAAUUGUACGUGUUGGAACAAUAUCAGAAGAUUAUAGUCUGUUAUCAAGAAGUGAAAGAUUGAUGAGAAUUAAUGAAGAGAGAUAUUUUAUUGAUAAAAAUGGACUUGAAAAUAAAUUUUUACUUUUUCUUGAUGAUAUUAGAAUAACUGGUAUGCAUGAAAAAAAUAUUAUUGAUCUUCUAGCUAAAACAAACAUUCGUAACCGUCGUUUAUUCAUUUAUUAUGCUGAAUUGAUAAAUGAAAAUAUUCCACCAGCAUUUGAACAUCAAUUGAACACUUGUUUUGUUAAAUCAUUGGAUAAUAUUCUUGAUAUAAUUAAUGAAAAAUCAUUUAUUCUAAAUACACGUGUAAUAAAAGAAAUUUUACGUUCAGAUCAUAAACAAAUCGAUCAUUUUCUCUCUAAUAUUAGUGACAAUUUAUUAAUUAAAAUAUUGAAUUUAUCAAUUGAGAGUCAUUAUAAUUUAAUGAAAGAAUUUUUACCGGCUUUAAGGCAAAUUGAAAGUUAUUUUAAAAAUAGAGAAAAUAACGUUAUGAAUUAA